AUCGCGCUGAGCUCGAGCAACGUUGGCAGUUAUUGCAGGAAGAAAAAUGCUCGCGACUGAUGGAUGACCGGUAAAUUAAAUCAUGUAAAUUAUUACAGACGCCCAACCUUUGUUUCAGAUAUCUUCCUGACUAAUCAGGGAAGGAGAAAAAAAAGGACAUUUCCAACAGCAACAUUGCAUCGUUAUGCAGUUGACAAAGUAUUUAUUAUAACAUGAAGUAUCUCUGCCAGCCUAAACUACCAUAAAAAGGGAACAAAAUGAAUUUAAGCUGUGCUGACAGAGAUGACAGUAGCAUUUUUGAUGGGGUAAUGGAUGAAGAUGACAAGGACAAAGCAAAAAGGGUGUCAAGGAACAAAUCAGAGAAGAAAAGACGAGAUCAGUUCAAUGUGCUCAUUAAAGAGCUUGGUUCCAUGCUACCUGGUAAUACUCGGAAAAUGGAUAAAUCAACAAUAUUACAGAAAACAAUUGAUUUUCUACAGAAGCACAAAGAAAUCACAGCACAAUCAGAUGCUACUGAAAUACGACAAGACUGGAAGCCUACAUUCCUUAGUAAUGAAGAGUUUACUCAGCUUAUGUUAGAGGCAUUAGAUGGAUUUUUUAUAGCCAUAACGACUGAUGGAAGCAUAAUACAUGUGUCAGAAAAUGUGACUCCUUUACUUGAACAUUUACCGUCUGAUCUUCAGGAUCAAAAUUUAUUGAAUUUUCUGCCAGAGAUGGAACAUGCAGAUGUUUAUAAAUUCCUGUCUACUCAAGUAUUGGAAAGCAAUUCUUUGGUCCCAGAUUAUUUAAACUCAAACAAUCAGUUAGAAUUCUGUUGCCACAUGCUAAGAGGAACAGUAGACCCUGAAGAACCUCCUGUAUAUGAAUAUGUAAAAUUCAUAGGGAAUUUAAAGUCACUGAAUAGCGUGCCUAGUUCUGCACGAAAUGGAUUUGAAGGAGUUAAACUAAAGCCAACCUAUGAAAAAAGGGUAUGCUUUGUAGCAACUGUCAGAUUAGCCACACCACAAUUUAUUAAGGAAAUGUGCACUAUUGAAGAACCAAAUGAAGAAUUUACAUCAAGGCACAGUUUGGAAUGGAAGUUUUUGUUCCUUGAUCAUAGGGCACCUCCAAUAAUAGGUUAUUUACCAUUUGAAGUGUUGGGCACAUCUGGCUAUGAUUACUACCAUGUGGAUGACUUGGAAAAAUUGGCAAAAUGCCAUGAGCACUUAAUGCAGUAUGGAAAGGGCAAGUCCUGCCACUAUAGAUUUCUUACAAAAGGGCAACAGUGGAUGUGGCUUCAGACUCACUAUUAUAUUACUUAUCAUCAGUGGAACUCCAGGCCAGAAUUCAUUGUUUGUACUCAUACUGUUGUAAGCUACGCAGAAGUACGUGCAGAGAGAAGAGGAGAGCUUGGAAUAGAAGAGUCCCCACCAGAUAUUAUUGCUGACCGGGAUUCAGGAUCAGACACUAAGCCAGAUGCAGUCAGUGUAAGGGAGGCAUUGGAAAGAUUUGAUCACAGCCAUACACCAUCUGCUUCUUCGAGGAGCUCAAAGAAGUCGUCUUCACAAACUGCAGCAUCUGAUCCAGCCUCAACACCCACAAACCAACUUACUGAUACAAGCACGCCUCCACUACCGAAAAUAAUAUAUGGUCAUGAAAUAACCACCCAAAGAAGAGCAUCACUGAGCAGCCAGUUCUCAGUACAGCUAGGGGCCAUGCAACACCUAAAGGAGCAGUUAGAACAGAGGACACAGAUUUUGGAAGCAAAUAUUCAGCGUCAGCAAGAAGAACUUCGGAAAAUCCAACAGCAACUUCACCUUGUCCAAGGACAGGGGCUUCAGGUUCAACAGACUUUGCAAACUAACCACAGGCAACAGACUUCAAUUUCCAGACAGGAUAUUCUCACAACCUCCCAAUAUAACACGAUGAUAAAUUCCCAACCCACAACAGCCAAUGUUGGGCAGCUUACUCCUACCUUAUUCCAAAGUUCUAACCAAAGCUGCGCACUUACCCCUCUUGCUCAUGACAGGUUUCUCCGAUUUCAAAAGGGCCAGCAACUUGUGACAAAGCUGGUAAGUGCUCCCAUGGGGUGCAGCACAGUUAUGGUUCCGACAACUAUGUUUAUGGGUCAAGUGGUGACAACCCAUCCCACUUUCACCACUCAGCAGCAACAUGUUCAGAGUUCACCGUUAACACAAAGUCAGCAUGAAGAAACUACCACAGUUCCACCACAGUCUCAAAAACCUACCCAGCAGCUACUGCAGUGUCCACAGACCUCUAGAUUGCUUCACAGUAAUCAGUCUACCCAGUUUAUUCUAUCAGCUACUUUCCCUCUACAACAGAACACUAUCACUCAUCAGCAGCUGUCACAGCACAGGGCUCGCAGCUUAUCGGAUCCUUCUAAAGCACAGUCACAGUAACCUGUAAUCAUUUUUAAAAAGCAACAGGAGACAUUGACUGUAACAGGAUUUAUAUAAAAUCAGUCUUGCAAUGUUAAUUCAUUAUUAAAAGAGUGGUGUUUUGAAGUCAGCUGCUAACUUUGAAAGAAAGUUGGUGUAUUCAAAGUUGAAAAAGCACAUAAAAUGCUUACAGAGCAUCACUAUUACAAGUUGAUGCAGCAGAAAAAAGAUGUACUGUAUAGGUUUUUGAUUUAAAGGAUCGUUAUGAGCUGCUUAAUACUUGAUUUGUGGUCAGCAGUUAUAUCUGCUAUAAUCUGUGAAACUGCACUGCCCACUAUUUA